UAAAACUACAAAGGGGUCCUUCGAGCUCUUCUUCCGUAAACAAUUUAAAAGAGAGCACCAAGUAACCUACCAUAGCUGUACUUAGAUAAAUCGAAUACUACACGAGCUGUAUAAAGCUUGUUGUAGUUCAGCAUUAGUAUUUUAAUGUAUUUUGUACUCUUAUCUGUGUUGGCUUUGUUAUCGGCAUGUCAUUGUGAGGAUGAGAAGAAAGAAAACCACUGUGGUCUUCUGAGGCAGUUGCUUGAAUCCUCACAGGUUUCGGUGGAGAUCCACAAAAAGGGUUUUCACAGGGAAGUGGUAACCACUAUCGAGCUUGGCCCUGAUGUGCUCAGCUGGGUCAGAGUUUUGCUACUUCAUAGAUGGCCCAGAGGUAUAUACCUUGAUCCAUACCAACUUGCAACUCUGAGCGAUCAAAGUGAUUGGCAUAUAUUACUAGAUUCAUCCAUUGACCUAGAAGUGCCUGCUCACAAGACUUCAGGAUUUGUCGCUUACGUGUACCCCACCUCUGAUGGACCAACUCCUGGACUAUUAAAAGUAGCGAUUCCCAUACACGGUCGCUACCAUGAGCCCUCUUUUGAUGGGAAAGCAUUUACGUCUGUUGACCUAGAACCCUCAGAGCUGCUGCUGCGGACUGAAACAUGUAAGCAGCUCAACAACUUCGAGCCUCAUACUGUCAUGAACGCCCCCUGUACUGCAGACAAUUCAAGCAUGUGUCUGUGGGUUAAACUCCACAAUCAGCAGGAGCAAGGCCCUGCGAUUUUACAGUUUCCAGUUGGUGACGGCUCUUUGGUGACAUCUGUAUGUGGUGGAACUCUUCUAAUCACAGUGGUGUGUUGUGUUGCACUGUCCAAAUACGUGUGGGAACACCGAAUCAUUUAAACACUGAUGGUCAACUUAUCUUUUGUUAAAAAGCUUAUGGGCUUGUUAUUUUUUAGUUUGGUCUGAUCCCAGGGUUUUUGGGCAUAACUGGGAUCAAAGUCUUAGAGCACCUUAUCUUCUGAGGUACUGCAAACAGAGAGCAGAUCUAUUUAACAUCAGGUCAGGUUCCUAGUUUUACUCUGCAAAGUAAUGCAGAUAAUCCACUUAACCUGGUUGUUGGAAUAGGUUCCAAGUACUGUAAGUAAACUUCUUUGUUUUGGUCAGGUCUCAAAGUUGUGUGCAAGAUUUUCCCAUUAUAAAGCAGUGUAUGGUAAGAUGACGCUUAUUUAUUGAGUUUGAAACACUUAAAUCAAGAAUGUCUGUGGCCACAAAACAUUUUCUUAGGAUGUCUUUUAUCCCAACUGUAAACAAUAUUUUAAACUCCAAAAAAUAAAAAGCAAAGAACUGUG